UUCGAAGAUAUUUGCCGUUUAAACUACUUGAAGCAUCAGUGUAUUGAUGAUUCCGAUUUGGAACCGUAUGAUUACAGCAAUUUCAUGAAAGCCCAAACUCGUAUUGUAGGAAAGCUACGGCAACGCAAAGAGUAUGUUUGAAUCCUUGUGAUUCGAACCAAGAUAUACGUACAAUGUUUACAAUCAAGACCAUGCUUGAAUUUUCUGCACUUCUGCACACAUAUACUCGAUCAAAGUUGUAAUGAUUGCAGUUUGGAAGAAAGAUUAACAGUUUUUGAGCCGGAGAUUAUCAAUGAUUACAAGGUCGGCCUGAGGACAGCAAUCGUUACUUACGCUUUAUCAGAUUCUAAGGAAAGAGAACGCCUACUCAUAAUGACUAUGCCUGUCGAAUAUCCGGUCAUCAACAUCAGAGCUCCUGUGCCCUGGCACACGUUCAAAAUCAUAGCAGAACACUUUAUGAAUAACAAUUUCUUCAUCGGAAAUGAAGUACUUCAAGAUAUUCGUGACUUGUGGUUUGCGAAAUAUCGGAACCUAUUAAUUGUAACACCCGAAGAUUUUGGAACGUUUCCGGUGAAAGCUUCCGAAAUUAUUGCCACAAUAGACGUCCUAUGCGAAACUGCUAAUCAACAAAUUAUGAACGGAUGGAUGGCAGAGGUUGCUGAAAUAUUCUUGGAAAAAAAAUAUGCUUGGACGAUGUUUCUCUCCAUGAAACCAGGUUCAAAAACAACUGGAAUAGAGAAUUACUUUCAAUGUGUGAACACUUUACUAUCAAAUCUUUUGCGUGGAUUAAUUAUAAAAACGUUAAUGCGGCUGAAAGAAUUUUUUGCAGAUUACAGCGGAGGGAAUAGCUUCACAGGUGAAUAUCGGGAUUUGAUAUUUAUUAGAAAACCUUUCAUGACUAUUUGUGUUGAACCUGUUUUGGGUACAAAGGAAUUAAAGAUAAAACCAGAUUCCGCCGAGUUGUGUAGAUCGAUCCAUUAUUGUUUCGAACGAAUUAUAAAAAUUGGAAAUGCUAUACCCAGAAUAGAAGUACUUCUAUUUCCUGAUGUGAAAACCAAGUCUUUCAUGUCUCCCAUUCAAUUUCUAGAACCAGCGGUACAAGAAAUACUAGACGAAGCUUUAGCAUCGCUCAAUGCAAAUAGAGAUGGUCCUCAAAGGUAUUUGGAGAUGUACAACAAUUUUUUAUAUAUUCUCGAUGGUCAAGCCGAGCAAAAUCUGAGGCAAUGUUUUGCGACUGACCCAUUGCCGAAUUUGAAGGAAUUCGGUCAGAACAUCGAAGAGUACGACAAUUUAAUACGUCAGGUUUUUUUGUUUAGGAACAAAAUACCACUGAAUAUGCUAGAACUUGAUUGUACGAAAUUAAAUCAAACCAUCAGGUGUAUUUUACAUAGUCUUCGCACAGAGAUAUGUAAUCAUUUUUACACAGAGCUACGAGUUAACAAUCAAGAGCUGUGCACUAUAUUCGAAGAAAUAUCUGACAAAGUUUCAGAAAUGCCAGAGACCACGCAGGAAGUUAUCUAUUUAUAUAACUAUUUGACAGAGAGCCGAGAUAACACUAUGUUUAACCUCAGAAGCAAAUCCGCUCAUUCUGUGGAAUUGAUAUUGUUUCUCAUUGAUUAUCAACCUCCAACAAAUGAGGAAAUUCUCUUGAAUACGAGAACCCUCACAUGGCCCAAGGACAUGGAAACGGUAAUGGAGUUGGCUAAUACCAGAUUGAACCUCAGAAAGGAAUUCGUCGAAAGUGUACUUCGAAUAAGAAGAGAUAAUUUUGAGACACGUAUACAAUAUCUCCAGACUGCGGUAGAUCAAUUCAAGAAAAAGGACCCGCCUGUGCUGACCAUGGAAGAAAUGGAAGCUGGGGCUGAAGAAAUUGCAGAAAUAUCAAAGCAGAUCGCAGAUAUUAGAAAAGAGGCCGAAGAAAUCAACAGGGAAGAAGCUCUUUUAGACAUGGAGCUCAGUCCUUACAUGAUACUUUUGACAAUGAGUUCGACAGUUGAUAUAUUCAAUAAUCUUUGGCAAAUUAUUACUCUUUUCCAUAAAAACUACGAAAAGUGGUACUACGGCCCUUUCAGGAAUGUUAAUGCCGAGGAGGUCCGAGAUGAAACAGAGAAUACGUGGAGAACAUUAUACAAGCUGUCAAGACUUUUGUCUGAUACUCCCGGAGCAAGGCGAAUUGCGGAGAUAGUCAAAGGCAAAGUAGAAAAAUUCCGACAGUUUAUACCACUAUUACAAACAAUAUGUAAUCCUGGCUUACAAAAACGCCAUUGGGAGCAGAUUAGCCAAGUUAUUGGAAUAGAGAUAAUUCCAAGAGAAUCGAGCAGCUUAGGAGACAUGGUUGAUUUUGGAUUACCUGUGUACAUAGGCCGCUUGGAAGAAAUAUCCAUGUCUGCAACUAAGGAAUAUGAACUUGAAAAAAAUUUGCGCAAGAUGCAAGAGGAAUGGGCUGAAGUUUAUUUUGAAUUAGCUCCAUACCGUGAGACAGGAGUGCACAUUUUGUCUGUAGUUGAUGAUAUACAGAUGCUACUGGAUGAUCACAUAUUGAAAGCUCAAACGAUGCGAGGCUCUCCAUACGUUAAGGCAUUUGAAUACGCUAUGCAAGAGUGGGAAGAAAAGCUGAUGUCAAUGCAAGAUAUUAUUGAUCAAUGGUUGUAUUAUCAGUCUACUUGGAUGUACCUCGAGCCUAUAUUCAGCAGUGAGGACAUUAUGCGUCAAAUGCCAACAGAAGCUAAGAACUUUCGAGUGGUAGACAAAAUCUGGCGUCAAAUAAUGAAUUAUGUUAUUAACGACAGAAAAGUCACUGUGGCCACAUCGAUGCCAGACAUGUUGAAACAGUUCAAGUCAGGGAAUGCUCUGCUUGAUGAUAUCCAAAAACGUUUGAAUGACUAUUUGGAGAAAAAGAGACUGUUUUUCCCCCGAUUUUUUUUCUUAUCAAACGACGAAUUACUGGAAAUAUUAUCAGAGACAAAAGACCCCGAAAGAGUUCAGCCACACUUGAAAAAAUGUUUCGAAGGUAUCUCUAUGCUGCGUUUUACAAAAGAGCAAGAGAUCAUUGGGAUGGUAUCAAAUGAAGAGGAAUAUGUUCCUAUGAGCAUGAAAAUUUUCCCAGCCGAUGCAAAGGGUUUGGUCGAAAAGUGGCUCUCUCAAGUAGAGAAAUUCAUGAAAGUAUCCCUUCGUGAUGUUGCUCAAGACAGCAUAGCUGCGUAUUUUAACACUGCUCGUGAGGAUUGGAUUGUGUCUUGGCCUGGUCAAAUAGUAAUUUGCAGCAGCCAAGUUCAUUGGACGAGCGAAGUAUGUGAAUCCUUUGUGGGAAAUUCUGUUAGAGUUUAUCUAGCCCACUGCAGUUCUCAAAUUGACAAAACAGUGGCUUUAGUCCGUGGAAAAUUGGAUCCCGGCAAACGAGUUACGCUAAAUGCUCUUAUCGUCAUUGACGUACAUGCCAGGGAUGUGGUGAAGUUAUUGUGUGAGAAACAAGUCACCGUUGCCACAGACUUUAAUUGGAUAUCCCAAUUGCGCUAUUAUUGGCUGGAUGAUACCAUAGUUGUUUCGAUGAUUACAACAGAAGUUGCCUAUGCAUAUGAAUAUUUAGGGAAUUCGCCACGCUUGGUGAUCACACCCUUGACAGAUAGAUGCUACCGUACUUUAAUGAGUGCUCUCAAAUUAAAUCUAGGCGGAGCACCAGAAGGCCCCGCUGGUACCGGUAAGACUGAAACAACCAAAGAUCUGGCAAAAGCAGUAGCCAAACAAUGUGUUGUAUUUAAUUGCUCUGAUGGCCUUGACUAUAAAUCAAUGGGAAAAUUUUUCAAAGGCCUUGCUCAAUCUGGCGCAUGGGCCUGUUUUGAUGAGUUCAAUCGAAUUGAACUUGAAGUUCUGUCUGUUAUAGCUCAACAAAUUCUAACUAUUCAAAUGGCAGUUGGUAUGCGUCUUGAAAAGUUUAUAUUCGAGGGUGUAGAAUUGAAACUCGAUAACACUUGCAAUGUCUUCAUUACAAUGAAUCCAGGCUACGCUGGGCGCCAAGAACUACCUGACAAUCUCAAGGUGCUCUUUCGUACAGUAGCUAUGAUGGUUCCCGAUUACGGUAUGAUUGGUGAAAUCACUUUGUAUUCAUACGGAUUUGUUGACGCUAGAAGUCUUGCUGAGAAGAUUGUUCAUACAUACAAGUUGUGCUCGGAACAAUUAAGCUCCCAGUGUCAUUAUGAUUAUGGAAUGCGAGCGGUAAAAACAGUGCUACUGGCCGCUGGCAAUCUAAAACUCAAAUAUACAUCGCAUGAUGAAUCAAUUCUAGUUUUAAGAGCUAUCGUUGAUGUAAAUCUGCCAAAAUUCCUGGCGCAUGAUGUACCAUUGUUUAAUGGUAUUUAUAGCGAUUUAUUCCCUGGCAUCGACUUGCCUCAACCGGAUCGUAUUGAACUUAUAGAACUGCUGAAAGCCAACUGUGAUAAACGGAAUUUGGAGGCAACAGCUUGGUUUGUGGAAAAAAUUAUUCAGAUCUAUGAGAUGAUACUGGUGAGACAUGGCUUGAUGAUAGUCGGUGAAUCAAUGAGCGGAAAAACGCAGGCUUAUCAGACACUGGCGGAUUCAUUGGGGGAUCUCUUCUCAAUGAGACGUGCGACCAUGCGAGAAUCCAGAGUACUGUACCGAAUUAUCAACCCUAAGGCAUUAACGAUGGGGCAAUUGUACGGCAGUUUUGAUCCAAUAUCGCAUGAGUGGAGCGACGGCGUUUUAGCUAAUACAUUCAGAGAAUAUGCACUGUCCCAGACUACGGAGAGGAAAUGGAUUAUAUUGGAUGGUCCGGUAGAUGCAGUCUGGAUAGAAAAUAUGAACACUGUAUUGGACGAUAACAAAAAGUUGUGUCUUAUGUCCGGUGAAAUCGUUCAGAUGUCGCCAAAAAUGAAUAUGAUAUUUGAGCCAGCUGACUUGGAGCAAGCAUCACCAGCAACUGUCAGCAGAUGUGGAAUGAUAUACAUGGAGCCAUCACAACUUGGCUGGCGUUCGUUCUUCGAAUCAUACAAAAAAUAUCUGAAGCAAAAAUUGCUGAUAGAGCAAUUCGAGCUCGUAGUAGAACUGAUAGAAUGGCUUACCCAAUCGAUUUUUGACUUCAUAAGACUUAAUUGCAGGACAUUCGUCGAAACUUCUGAACUACACAUGUUCCAUUCAUUCCAAAGAAUGCUGAGCACGAUGCUCGAAGCAGAAGUACAUGUUAGCACAGUGUGGCUGCAAUGUACACUAAUCUUCAGCUUGAUAUGGGGAAUGUGUCCAACACUUGUCAGUAGUAGCCGAAAACACUUUGACAUUUUUUUACGCAAACUAUUCGACGGAAGUAUAGAAGCAAAUCCUAAGCCAAAAGCUUUCAAACUGACAAAACAACAACUUUUCCCAGACAGGGGAACAGUUUUUGAUUGGAUCUACGAUAAACGAAAUAAUGGUACCUGGAUUUCAUGGAUAGAUUUGACAGUACAGACGCCGAUUGCACCUGAUGCAAAAGUUGGGGAAUUAAUCAUUCAAAGCAAUGAAAUGUGUAUGCAACGUUUUUUUCUGGGAUGCCUGUUACCAAGGGAGAUUCCAGUUCUAUUUGUUGGCCCCACCGGAACUGGAAAAUCUGCUAUAGCAUUCAACUACCUGAUAUCACUGGCUAAAGAGAAGUUCAUUCAAAGUGCUAUAAACUUCAGCGCUCGAACCAGUGUUCUUCAAACCCAAGAAAUUGUCAUGUCUAAACUGGACAGACGAAGAAAAGGAGUUUAUGGCCCCACAAUGGGAAAGCAAUGUGUAUUAUUCGUGGAUGAUCUGAGUAUGCCCCAAAAAGAACCGUACGGAGCACAACCACCUAUAGAGUUGUUGAGGCAAUGGAUUGAUCAUGGAUAUUGGUUUGAUUCCAAAGAUACAACAAUGCUUUAUCUCGUUGAUAUUUUGCUGAUAGCAGCUAUGAUACCACCAGGUGGUGGAUCUAAUGUGAUAACGCCACGUCUUACUCGCCACAUGCAUAUCAUUGGUAUAGAUUCAUUCGAAGAUGCGACAAUGACGAAAAUAUUCACUUCAAUUAUGGAUUGGCACUUUGCCAAAGGCUUUGAAUUGAACAUCACGACACUUGGCAAAGUGUUAGUUUCGGCGACUAUGGAUCUUUACCAAAGUGUGAUAGAAAAUUUUCUACCAACGCCAGUAAAGAGUCAUUACACAUUCAGCUUGCGUGACUUCAGUCGUGUGAUCAAAGGAAUUGUUCUUGUACCUCCUUCACGUAUGAAAGAUCCCGAUAAAUUAAUGAGACUGUGGGUUCAUGAGGUUUAUCGAGUAUUCUAUGAUCGUCUCAUUGAGAAUGAAGAUCAAGAGAAUCUAUUUAAAUUAGUAAAAAAUGCAUGCUACCAGCACUUCAGACAGCCGUUCGAUAAGUUGUUUGCUAAAUUCUUAGAGGGAGACGAAAAGAUUGUAACGAAUGUACAUGUCCUGAAAUUAUUUUUUGGAAAUUACAUGGAGUCGGAUGUAGACCCAAGAGUCUAUGACGAAGUGACAAACCAAGAAGACUUACAAGAAAAACUAGAAUAUUACUUAACUGACUAUAAUGUUAUGACAAAGUCUCCAAUGUCCUUAGUGCUAUUCAGAUAUGCCAUUGAACAUGUGUCCAGAGUUUCACGUAUACUUCUCCAAGACGAUGGACACGCACUGCUUGUUGGAAUUGGUGGAUCUGGUCGGAGUUCAUGUGCCAAACUGGCAACAUCUAUGUGUGAAUAUGUACUAUAUCAAGUUGAAAUGACCAGAACCUAUGGGUAUUCGGAAUGGCGGGACGAUGUAAAGGCUCUUUUAUUGAGCGCCGGUGGUGAUGGACGUAGGACUGUUUUUCUAUUUGGAGACAACCAAAUAAAAAACGAGUCUUUUGUUGAAGAUAUUAAUAUGAUACUGAACACAGGUGAUGUGCCAAACUUGUACGCGUCAGAUGAAAAGGCUGAGAUUCUUGAAAAGAUGAUAAACACAACGCGGGAAGGUAGUGGGAAAAAAAUAGAAUCCACGCCAAUGGCGUUGUAUAAUUUUUUUGUCGAGAGAGUGAAAAAUAAUCUUCAUGUUGUCCUGACUAUGUCACCUAUUGGGAAUGCUUUCAGAAACCGGGUGAGAAUGUUUCCUUCGCUCAUUAAUUGUUGUACUAUUGAUUGGUAUACUGCUUGGCCCGAAGAUGCGCUCGAGAGGGUGGCUAGCACGUUUCUCAAAGAUCUGGACAUUUCAACUGAGCUUCGUGCCAAGUCUGUAGAGAUUUGUAAACAAUUUCACACAAGCGUGCAGACUGCUAGCGAUGAUUAUUUCUUGACUCAGCGCAGGAAGAAUUAUGUCACUCCAACCAGUUUCCUCGAGCUCAUCAAGUCUAUAUAUAAAUUGUAUGGACAGAAAAUUAAACAGAUCACAUUACAGCAAAAUAGGUACGAGGUCGGCCUAGACAAGCUGGACUUCGCUGCUACGCAAGUAGAGGUGAUGCAAGAAGAGCUACAUGCUCUACAACCAAAACUCUUAGCCCAGUCGCAACUAAGCGAUAAGUUGAUGAUUAGAAUAGAACAAGACACGGUCACAGUUGAAGCUAAGAAAGAGGUAGUUGCCGCUGACGAAGCCCUAGCUAAUGAAGCGGCGGCCGCGGCUCAAGCCAUUAAAGAUGAUUGUGAAAGUGAUUUGGCCGAAGCAACUCCGGCUCUGGAGGCAGCUUUAGGUGCUUUGAACAUACUCAAACCAGCAGAUAUUGUUAUUGUCAAGUCCAUGAAGAGCCCCCCAGCUGGAGUAAGGCUAGUUCUAGAAGCAGUAUGUGUACUCAAGGGAGUUAAGCCAGUAUCUGUGCAAGAUCCAACAACUGGAGCCACGGUCGACGAUUAUUGGGCAGCCUCCAUAAAAAUGCUUGGCGACAUGAAGUUUCUUGAAAAUUUGAAAACCUUUGACAAGGAUAACAUUCCUCCGGCUAACAUGAAAAAAAUUCGAGACAAGUACAUGAAUGACAGGGCUUUUGUUCCAGAGGCAAUCAAAAAGUCAUCCACUGCUUGCGAGGGAUUGUGCAGGUGGGUGCGUGCGAUGGAAGUAUAUGACAGAGUCAUUAAGGUGGUCGCACCAAAAAAGGCUAUGCUUGCUGAAGCUGAAGGAGAGCUGCUGGCACAGCUCGAAACAUUGAAUGCCAAACGAGCCUUACUCCAAGAAGUAUCGGAUAAACUCCAAUCACUGAAUGAUGAGUUUGCAGAAUGUAUGCGAGAAAAAAAAAAGCUCGAAGAUCUAAUCGACCAUUGCAUGCAAAAGUUGGAUAGGGCUGAAAAACUCUUGGGUGGUCUUGGCGGGGAGAAGAUGAGGUGGAGUGCAAUGGCUGCUGCUCUUGGUGAAAAUCUUAGGAGCAUGAUAGGUGAUGUGAUACUUGCUUCGGGCAUGAUCGCCUAUCUAGGAGCUUUCACUGUUGAAUAUCGAAAUCGGCUGGUCAAAAUAUGGUACGAAUCUUGUACAACACUGAAAAUUCCUUGCGAUCCCGACUUUGGACUACUAAAAAUACUUGGAGAACCAGUUGAAGUCAGAGCAUGGAUGAUCUUUGGACUACCAGCUGAUAAAUUCUCCAUAGAAAAUGGUAUAAUAGUCAAAAAUGCUAAUAGAUGGCCACUAAUGAUCGACCCUCAGGGCCAAGCCAAUAAGUGGAUAAAAAAUAUGGAGAAGCAGAAUAAAUUACAGAUUAUCAAAUUAAGUGAUUUUAAUUAUGCUAGAGUUAUUGAGCUGGCUAUCCAAUCGGGGUGUCCAAUUUUAUUGGAAAACAUACUUGAAGAGAUUGAUGCCAUUCUAGAGCCGGUGCUAACAAGAUAUAUUUACGAACAACAGGGUGUCAUGUAUAUGAAAUUCGGAGAAAAUGUAAUUGAGUACCAUACAGAUUUUAGAUUUUAUAUAACUACUCAUCUUCGAAACCCGCAUUAUUUGCCUGAAGUAGCGGUCAAGGUGAGUCUCCUGAAUUUUAUGUUGACGCCGCAAGGUCUUCAGGACCAGUUACUCGGUAUUGUUGUUGCCAAAGAUUUGCCUGUACUUGAAGAGAAAAAAAAUCAAUUGAUCGUUGAAGGAGCCAACAAUAAACGCAUCCUCAAAGAAAUUGAAGAUAAAAUCCUUGAAGUUCUCUCCACCUCAGAAGGGAACAUCUUGGAGGAUGAGACGGCUGUAAAAAUUUUGUCGUCGUCGAAGGUUCUUUCUGCGGAAAUACAAGCAAAGCAGAUGGCUGCAAUGAAAACAACUCUAGAAAUUGAUAAAGCUCGCAACAAAUAUAAACCUGUAUCGUAUCACGGAGCAACUUUGUUCUUCUGCAUCUCUGAAUUGGCCAAUAUUGACCCCAUGUACCAGUACUCACUGUCCUGGUUUAUUCAUUUGUACACAAUGGCAAUACUAAAUAGUGAAAAAGCAGAAAAUUUGAAUGGACGUAUAGAUAAUUUAAAUUCGUAUUUUACAGCGAGUAUAUAUAGGAACAUUUGUCGGUCUCUGUUCGAAAAAGAUAAAUUAUUAUUCUCUUUUGUGCUGUGUAUCGGUCUUAUGCGAGCCGAGAGUAAAUUGGAUGAAGACCUUUGGGUAUUUUUAUUAACUGGUGGGAUUGCAUUGAAAAAUCCACAUAAAAAUCCAGCUCCGUCCUGGCUAACGGAAAAAUCUUGGUCUGAAAUAGUGAGAGCCACAGAGCUGACUGGGCUUGGUGCGUUCCAAUCAUCGCUCGAGAAUAACAUAUCAGAGUGGAAGACAUUUUAUGACCUUACAAAUCCGCAAGACUACGCCUUCCCAGCUCCCUUUGCAAAUGAAGGGAAGACCCUGAAGAAACUUGUAAUUUUGAGAUGCAUAAGACCGGAUAAAAUUGUAUUCGCUGUUCAGGCAUUUAUUGUAGAGCACAUGGGUCAGUCAUUCAUUGAACCACCACCAUUUGAUCUGCAAGAUUCAUACAACGAUUCCAGCAACAUUUCUCCCCUGGUAUUUAUUCUAUCCCCUGGAUCCGACCCAAUGACUGGACUGAUAAAGUUUGCGGAAGACAGAGGUAUCCAGAAAAAGAAUCUCAUGACUAUUUCAUUAGGCCAGGGUCAAGGUCCGAUUGCCACAGGUAUGAUAAGCAAAGGAAUCAAAAGUGGUGAAUGGGUUGUUCUACAAAAUUGUCACCUUGCUGAUAGUUGGAUGAAAGAAUUAGAUAGAAUCUGCGAUGAAAUCAUAAUUCCUGAGAACACACAUCCCAAAUUUCGAAUAUGGCUCACGAGUUAUCCUUCCAAAGCAUUUCCAGUUUCCAUCCUGCAAAAUGGUGUCAAGAUGACCAACGAAGCGCCAAAGGGUCUCAAGCAAAAUUUGCUCCGAAGCUAUCUCAAUGAUCCCAUUUCAGAUACGAAAUUUUUUCAAAAUUGCUACAGACUGGUCGAAUGGCGGAUUCUACUAUUCUCACUCUGUUUCUUUCAUGCUGUAAUUCAGGAAAGACGAAAAUUCGGACCCCUUGGCUGGAACAUUCCUUACGAAUUUAACGAAUCAGACUUGAGGAUUAGUAUAUUGCAGUUACAGAUGUUUCUGAAUGACUACGAGGAAGUUCCGUUUGAUGCUUUGCUUUACCUGACAGGCGAGUGUAAUUAUGGAGGUCGUGUCACUGAUGACAAAGAUCGGCGCUUGCUCAACUCCUUGCUCAAUAAUUAUUACUGUGCGGCGGUGCUAGAAGAUCCUGGCUACUCAUUCUCAGCAAGUGGGAUUUACCGUCUACCACGUGAUAUGGAUAUGGCUGGGUGCUUGGAAUACAUCAGCAGUCUACCAAUUAAUCAAUUACCUGAAGUAUAUGGACUGCAUGCGAAUGCAGACAUUACCAAAGAUAAUAAGGAAACAAUGCAGCUACUUCACGGAGUUCUGCUCACCCAGACCCAAAUCAAUGGUGGAUCAAGGGAGACUGACGCUGAUGAAAUAGUUGUUAAGCUUGCUGAAACGAUUUUAUCAUCAAUGCCACCCCAGUUUGAUGUAGAAUUUGUCGCACAAAAAUAUCCUGUUCUUUACACAAACAGUAUGAACACUGUUCUUCGACAAGAAGUUAUCAGAUUUAAUAGACUUACAGAAGUAAUCAAAAGUACAUUGACAAAUGUCCAGAAAGCUGUAAAAGGACAGGUGGUGAUGUCACCCUCAUUGGAAGAAGUAUAUACUAACAUGAAUUUGUCUAGAGUUCCAAUCUGUUGGAAUAAAAGAUCAUACCCAUCUUUGAAACCUUUGGGGAGUUACGUGACUGACUUGCUUGCACGUUUGGAAUUCUUGGAAACAUGGAUCCAGAACAAUGUUCCCACUGUAUUUUGGUUGUCUGGCUUUUUCUUCACUCAAUCGUUUCUUACUGGAGUUCUGCAGAACUUUGCCCGAAAGCACAAAAUACCUAUUGAUCACCUGGAUUUUGAAUUCCAGGUCACAAAAUUUGAAACAAUCACGGAUAAGCCACCUCCGUAUGGCGUUUACACCAGGGGCCUGUACCUAGAAGGUGCUCGGUGGGACAGAAAGCUGAUGGUGUUGAAUGAAUCGCUGCCAAAAAUAAUGUUCGACAUUGUACCUAUAAUAUGGCUAAUGCCGGGUAUAAAGUCCAAUUUCAAAGAACUUCCAGUCUAUCAUUGCCCUGUGUAUAAGACCAGUGCCCGACGAGGAGAGUUAGCUACUACAGGACACUCUUCCAAUUUUGUUAUGUAUAUUUUAUUCGCAUCUAUUCAUUCAGAGGCUCACUGGAUUAAUCGUGGAGUUGCAUCGCUUUGCCAACUGGAUGACUAGACAACAACAAUUCUAUCAAUAAAAAUAUGCUGCCUCACA